UAUGCGAGUGCUACGUUCUUUGAACACAGCAGCAACAAACAAAGAAAUGUGAUAAACGUCGACCUCAAAACACUACUCCCUCUGGCUGCUGUAUAUUUCAGUUUAAACGAAGAAAUUCUUGUUGCGAUUUCACCUAUCGCGUGCAACAGUGCCGUUGCGCCGCUAUGGAGGACGACGACCGCUCGCCGUGGUCGCUGCCACAGGACACGCGCAAUCACCAGGCGUGGCGCCCUGAGACGGAGUCGCGGGGGCAGCGAGAGGGCGAGUGGGCCCAGCUGACGGACGAGCAGGCCGACUGGUCGCUCGCCCAGCCGCUGCAGGCAGAGCCGGAGCUGUACAGUCGCCAAGACGUGUUCCGGAUGCCCGACGAGCAUGACGAGUUCCAAGCCGACCCGUACCAGCUGCAGGUUCCGCCUGACGGGCUGUACGACUGGCAGCCCGAAUCGCUGCGCGACCCGUCGUGCCCACAGCACGGCUACCAGCAGUACGGGUUUGCCGGCUACCCCGGCUACCAGGACUCGCAAGGCUACCAGACGGCGCUGAGCAGCCCGCUGUACGAGCACCAGCAAGACAGUGACAUCUUCUCCGACAGCCAGCCCGCUUUCCCCACAGACGACGACGGCUUGAAUAUCUGCCCGCUGGGUUCGGGCAUGUGCACCAGCCUGGACCAUGGCUUCCCUACCUGUCCGCCCAUUGAAGAUGAUGAUGACGACCACCCGCCGGGAUCUCAAGGCACCGAGUAGCUGGGCGAACUGAACGGCAGCGGGCAGCAUGCACCGCGACGUCAGUCCACACCAUCCACUACGUCUAUGACCUAAAAAGCUCUGUAGCGAAUGCUCAAUUCUUAUUAAAGCAAUAUCAUCAGAAAAUUAA